AGGCGCCUGCGCAGACGGAGACAAGUUCUGGAGCGGCCGCCAUUUUGCGAGAACAAGAGUAGCUCCGGCUGCGGUGCUGCCGCUGCACCUGAGGCUCCGGGAAACAGCCUCUCUUCGCACCCUGCAACACACGGAGAGUAACGGAGAGAACCAGGGUCCCCGGGCGGGGGCCCGAAACCGGUGUGCUGCCAUGGCAUCUGAUGACUUUGACAUAGUGAUUGAGGCCAUGCUGGAGGCUCCUUAUAAAAAAGAGGAGGAUGAGCAGCAAAGGAAGGAGAUGAAAAAGGAUGACCCUAGCAAUGGCGCCGACACCACCGGCAGCACUGACAACAGGACCAGCGGCACCAGCGGCACCAGCGGGAGCACUGCAGGCGGGGAGGCAAGCAGGAAGAAGAGGAGUCGGAGCCAUAGUAAAAACAGGGAUAAGAGACGUAGUCGCAGUCGAGACCGAGAUCGGCAUAGGCGGAAAAACAGUCGGAGCAGAAGCCGAGAUCGGCAGCGUCGUCACCGCAGCCGCAGCAGGGAUCGCAGACAUAGCAGUGAGUCACGCAGUCGGGACUGGCGUCGUGAGGACCGCGCACAUUACAGGAGCCCACCACUUGCCACUGGACGUAAAUAUGGACCAAUUAAGAAUCCUCAUUUCAGAGAGAAGAGCCCUGUCAGGGAGCCAGUUGACAAUCUGAGUCCCGAGGAGCGCGAUACCCGCACUGUGUUCUGCAUGCAGUUAGCUGCCCGCAUUCGGCCCCGAGACCUGGAGGACUUUUUCUCUGCUGUUGGCAAGGUUCGUGAUGUACGGAUUAUCUCAGACCGGAACUCACGCCGCUCUAAGGGCAUAGCCUAUGUAGAAUUCUGUGAAAUCCAGUCUGUGCCGCUGGCCAUUGGGCUCACAGGACAGCGGCUGCUAGGAGUGCCUAUCAUUGUGCAGGCCUCACAGGCUGAGAAGAAUCGACUGGCAGCCAUGGCCAACAACCUGCAGAAGGGCAGUGGGGGGCCACUGCGCCUCUAUGUGGGCUCCCUGCACUUCAACAUCACCGAGGAGAUGCUUCGGGGCAUCUUUGAGCCCUUUGGCAAAAUUGACAAUAUUGUCUUGAUGAAGGAAUCCGAUACAGGCCGCUCUAAAGGCUACGGUUUCAUCACGUUCUCAGAUGCAGAGUGUGGCCGGAGAGCCCUGGAACAGUUGAAUGGCUUUGAACUUGCUGGUCGACCUAUGAGGAUUGGCCACGUGACUGAACGACCAGAUGGUAGCACAGACAUCACUUUUCCUGAAGGGGACCAGGAGCCAGACCUAGGAUCAUCCACUGGUGGACACUUGCAGCUCAUGGCCAAAUUGGCAGAAGGCUCUGGAAUCCAGCUGCCAAGCACAGCUGCUGCUGCCGUGGCUGCUCAGGCUGCUGCCUUGCAACAACUGAAUGGAGCCCUUCCCUUGGGGGCCCUGAACCCAGCAGCUCUAACUGCACUGAGUCCAGCCCUCAACCUCGCCUCCCAGGCAAUCGCCUCGCAGUGCUUGCAGCUUUCCAGCCUCUUCACUCCCCAGACCAUGUGAAUCAGUGGCACAGUACACUGCCUUCCAGUGCCUCUGGGUCCUGUCUCUCCUUUCUCCAGCCCCUUGUCUCCUUUCUGUGGACCAAGCCAUUCUGGGGGAGCCUAGACAUUGACUGUGGGGAAACUGGGGCCACCCUUGGACACCAAGAAGAGCUCCUACCCAUGGCCCACAAGAAUGGACUCUGCUGAGCAAAGCUACUAGUUGAAGAGAACAGAAUCUACGCUUCUCCAUGUCAGUCUUCUCCUGGAUGACCUUCACUGCCCUUUCCAACAACCUCUUAGUGAUGCCUCCAUAUCUCCCCUGUUGGAAAGGCCAUAUGGCAUCAACUGGGGGAGUUAACCCUUUUCCUUUUUCUACAGUCUGUCAAGGAAAGUCUCACGAGACUACUAGUCCAAGAGGAUUUUUAGAGUUUAGACCUUUAAGGUGCUGGCUCGCUACUGCCCGGGCCACGGGGAAUGGCAGGGGCAUCAGUAUGCAUGCCUUCCACCUCAACUGGGGUCACAGCCACUACUGUGGGUUCAGCAUUUUGCUGGGAGGUGUGAGGAUGUUAGCCUGCUGGCUCAUUUGGGGGCAGUCCGGAGUUUGGUGAAAGGUGGAAACACCUUUCCAGCAUCUUCCUUUGUAAAGUUGCCCUUCCUUAAGCCCAAAGAGGAGGUCGGAGGGAGAACUGCUACUCUUUACUACUUCCCACGUGCCUCUACCAUGGACUCAGUUUUGGCUAUUAAAGCUGCUCCUGUCCCCUACCUGGGCAUGUGUGAGCCUUUCUCACUGGAUUUUAUACCUUUGUGUCUGUGUACAUAAAUAGAAAUGUAUAUAUAAACUUUGGACAAAAGGCAAGCCCUUCUCUUUUGGUAGCUGCUAUCCGUGUGUGUGGUCUCAGUCGGUGUGUCUGAUGUUAACCUCUCAUGAGCCAAAACUAUGAAUGAUUCUAGUGAUAUAAAACAUUUGUAAUGCCA